ACAUUAUACCUCCGCUCCUUUUCCCACCAACCAAACAUGUUUCCAGUACGAUGCAACUCACAGUUUAUCCUCAGGCUAAAUGUCCCUCAAACCCAAUCUCAACACACCCACUAUCACUAUCUCCUCUAUUUGUCCCCAUCCCCACAGAAAUCCCAUACCCAUUAAAUACUCAAUGCCCUUGUCAUCCUUAUCCAAAUCCCUCCUCUUCUUGCACCCAAAACGCCAAUUCCACAUGGCCAAUUUCACCACUCCCAAGGCUCGCCUUCGGGGCGUCGUCUUCGACAUGGACGGAACCCUAACCGUCCCCGCCAUCGAUUUCGCCGCAAUGUACAAGGCCGUGCUCGGCGAAGACGAAUUCCGGCGGAUGAAGGCUGAGAACCCGUCCGGGAUUGACAUCUUGCACCACAUUGAGAACUGGAGCCCCGAGAAGCAGCUCAAGGCCCACGAGACCAUCGCCGAUUACGAGCGCCAGGGCCUUGAUCGCCUCCAGAUCAUGCCCGGUGCAGCAGAACUUUGUGGGUUUCUUGAUUCAAAGAAAAUAAGAAGGGGAUUAAUUACGCGCAAUGUUAAGGCAUCUGUUGAUUUGUUUCAUCAAAGGUUUGGGAUGACAUUUUCUCCGGCACUAAGCAGGGAAUUCCGUCCUUACAAACCAGACCCAGCACCCCUACUACAUAUCUGUUCAGCUUGGGAAGUUCUACCAAAUGAAGUAAUGAUGGUGGGUGAUAGCCUUAAGGAUGAUGUGGUUUGUGGGAAGCGAGCAGGAGCAUUUACAUGCUUGCUUGAUGAAUCAGGGAGGUAUGACUCCCCUGAUUAUGCUACCGUAAAUUUUAAGCCAGAUUUCAAGGUGUCUUCUCUUACUGAAGUUCACUCUCUAUUGGAAGAACAUUUCGACCUAGCACCAUGAUCUCCAAACCUGUUGACCACAAAGGCUUUGAGCCUUUGACCCUUCAAAAAAAGGAGAAGCAUUUGUUUGUGCUUUAUGCAGGGAAGACGUAGGUAGGUUAGAAUACUUUUUGGAUGGCUUGUUCUCAGAAAGAUCUCGAAAAGGGUCAAGAUGAAGAACAUAGAGGAUAUCAAGAAAAGCCACUACUAAGCAAAAAGACAAAGGCUUGUUCUUCAGUCCAAAUCUGAGUUAAUGAGUUCACCUUUUAUGUUCUGGUGGAGUUAAUAGAAAGCAAAUUUGCUGGACAUUACCAAAUCGAUAUUUGUAGUGGCUAGAACCACUUUCAAAUACAUUGUUAAUGCCCAUCUUGGUGUGGUUCACUUGGAUGCAA